CACUCUUAUUUUGGCAGCGAGAAUCAGUUUCGUACAAUGCUUAGUCAUGGUGAGUUACAGCUUUCCCCCGUUCCUAUGUGGCGCACAGACAGCGAUGGAACUAUUCAGCUAUACUUACACAGUAACAACUUCAGGUUGGAGGACCUCAUCCGAUCAGAGCUCUUAAAGCAUGAACUGACAUGUUGUCCACCAAAUCAAAGGAUCAGUUGCCAACGGCGCCCAGACCUUCCCAGUAAAUACAACAGUGCAAUUUGAGAUUCCAGAGCGGGGCGACUUCUGGGAAAGCGGAGCAACUGAUCAACCAAACUAAACUGAGCUCCCCCCCUCAUUCCUGAAUCCUCAGGGCUGCUAGCUUACGCUGACGACAUUUUUGGCACCUGCUAUUUUUUUUCUCUCUCCAGAGUUUUAGGAGUUUCCACCCCUCUACUACCCUAUCCUUGUCCCUCUUCUACCCAACUCCUGGCAGAAGUGUAGCUCCAUGAGCUAAGUCCUGAUUUAUAAUUGUGACCACUAUUGAAGAUGCAGUAGUAUAUCAGUGUCUGUUUUUUGGGCCUUAGAGCGAAAAAGGAAUAAGCAAGUAGUUGGACUUGAGAGAAGAUGUCAGAGUACUAGACACAUCUGUCUGACUGUUGCGGACUCUCUUUUGUUCAGAAAGUUCCCCUUUAGGAGAAAAACAUAUCAACAAGCGGACGUGAAUAAGUAAUUUCCCUACUGCGUCUUGUCGGACUCGCUGCAUACCUCCUGCCAAAAAGACCAUACAUCUUGCUGUUCCUUUAAUUAAAAGAGAAAGAGAAGAGAAGUUUACUCAAGGGCAGGUGGGAGAGAAUUUAGAACACUGAUGUCAUAAAUCGUGGUGGAUUACGAUUGGCCUGAUUAUAACAUACAUAACCAUGACUGGCAAUUCAUGUAGAAGUCUUUUUUGUUUAGUUUUACAAUAGCACCUGAAUGUGCACUAUGGCUGGGCUUGUGGAAUAAGUAAGACUGUACGAAAAACUCUUAUAGACACAAUGGCUGGAAUUGAGGAAUAAGGAGUAAGGGAUAAGAAACCGUCUUUCGGACCUUUCUAAGAAAGCCGAUUUAGUACUCUGAACUCAACAGUCACAGACAUACAUUCAACCAAAAAACAACAAAGACCCUAGGAAAAGGGUCGUAGCCUUCCACAAUCCCUCAAUAGCUCCUCCAGUUUUCAACAUUUCCCUAGUGUCUCCUUGCCCCUCAGUGAGCAAGGAUGUCCGGCAGCAGUCACUCCCAACACUGUUCUUAGUUGUUGUCACAGCUUCAACAGAAGCACCAGGAAGGAUCCUUCGUCAGUCAGGAUGUCUAACGAAUGCCCGACGGAGUGCAAGGCGGUGGUGACGCCGUCGACGCGCAACGGCCACCGCGUCUUCAGCUACACGCUGGAGAGCCACACGGCGGCCGCCUUCGCCAUCAUGAACGAGCUGCGGCUGGACGGCCAGCUGUGCGACGUGACGCUUCGUGUGUGCUACAACGACCUGGAGGCCGUGGACUUCGUGGCACACAAGAUUGGUUUCUGUCUGUGAAACUCCCACCAAAAAUGUUGGUGAAAAAAUUAUGGUUGGCACUCCGAUCUUUAAAGCUCCAAUGCAGCUGUUUCUGGGUGGUGCUGGCAUCGUCCUCUCCGGUCUUCAGGGCCAUGUUCACCAACGGCCUGAAGGAGUGUGGGAUGGAGGUGGUGCCCAUCGAGGGGAUACACCCCCGGGUGAUGGGCAGGCUGAUAGAGUUUGCCUACACGGCCAGCAUCUCUGUUGGGGAGAAGUGUGUGAUCCACGUCAUGAACGGCGCCGUCAUGUAUCAGAUCGACAGCGUGGUCAAGGCCUGCUGCGACUUCCUGGUUACGCAGCUGGACCCUAGCAACGCCAUCGGCAUAGCCAGCUUCGCCGAGCAGAUCAGCUGCACGGAGCUCCAUCAGAAAGCUCGGGAAUAUAUCUACAUGAACUUCAGCCAGGUGGCGACCCAGGAGGAGUUCUUCAACCUCUCCCAAUGCCAGCUGGUCACUCUCAUCAGCCGCGACGAACUCAACGUGCGCUGUGAGUCGGUGGUCUUUCAGGCUUGUGUGGCGUGGGUCCGGUACGACCGGGAGAACCGGCGGCCCUACGUCCAGGCCCUGCUCCAGGCCGUGCGGUGCCACUCCCUCACCCCACACUUCCUCCAAGCCCAGCUGCAGUCUCUGGAGUGGGACGACCAGUGUAAAGACUACCUGGCUCAGAUCUUCCAGGACCUCACCCUCCACAAGCCCACCAAGGUGAUCUCGUGCCGCACGCCCAAAGUGCCCCAGCUCAUCUACACGGCAGGGGGAUACUUCCGUCAGUCCCUGUCCUAUCUGGAAGCCUACAACCCCUGUACUGGGGCCUGGCUGAGGCUAGCUGACCUUCAGGUCCCCCGGAGUGGCCUGGCUGCCGUGGUCAUCUCUGGGCUGUUCUACGCUGUCGGAGGAAGGAACAACGCUCCUGACGGGAAUAUGGACUCCAACACGUUGGAUUGUUAUAAUCCCAUGAACAACUGCUGGUUGCCUUGUGCUCCCAUGAGUGUCCCCAGGAACAGGAUAGGAGUGGGGGUGAUUGACGGGAUGAUCUAUGCUGUCGGAGGGUCGCAUGGAUGUAUUCAUCAUAACAGCGUGGAGAGGUAUGACCCAGACAGGGACCAGUGGCACCUGGUGGCCCCCAUGUUGACACGGCGUAUCGGGGUGGGCGUGGCGGUCAUCAACAGGUUGCUGUACGCGGUGGGCGGGUUCGACGGCACACACCGCCUCUCCUCCUCAGAGUGUUAUAACCCAGAGAGGGAUGAGUGGAAGAGCAUGGCUGCCAUGAACACUGUGCGCUCUGGGGCAGGUGUGUGUGCGCUGGGGAACCGUAUCUACGUGAUGGGGGGCUACGACGGCACCAACCAGCUGAACACAGUGGAGCGCUACGACGUUGAGACUGACACCUGGAGCUUUGCAGCCUCCAUGAGGCACCGGCGCUCUGCCCUGGGGGUCACCGCGCACCAUGGGAAGAUCUAUGUACUGGGAGGUUAUGACGGGAACACCUUCCUGGACAGCGUGGAGUGUUAUGACCCGGAGACGGACACGUGGUCGGAGGUGACCCGCAUGAUGUCGGGCCGCAGUGGCGUGGGCGUGGCCGUUACCAUGGAGCCCUGCCAAAAGGACCUGGCCCAGUGUCUGAAGCAUGAGAGGACGGAGGUCACUGGCGGUUGUGAGGGUGUUAGUUUGGGGUGUUCAGGGACAGGAGGGGACUCUGGAUCGCACCAUAACUCCAGACACGGUGCCUUCGGCAAGGGGACUUGAGUCGUACGCUCUCCACCAUCCCUGGCUCAGUCCUCUUCAGUCUUCCAUGGAAAAGCGCCCCUGCCUUGAAUAGAAGACAGAAACACAGUUCUUCUGAAAAACACAAGAUCGCAGAGGCCCUCCCUAGCCAUGUUGGUUUCACACAACUUCAGUCAUAUGUGACAAGUUGUUUAAUGAUAAAUUGUAUAUAGUUUAUGAUCUAGCACGUCGAUUCACUCACUGUUCCCGUGAUAACAAUGCAGAUGGGCAAAGUCAUAGAAAUAGGAGUUCUAGAUUGUUUAAUCUGUUCAAAUCUACUUCUAUGUGCUCCAUCCCAUACCACAACAGUAGCACUAUAGCGCCCUCUUGGACCAAUGUUUCCCUGGUCUACACCAAGAGGAGAAAGGGCUGUACAAUAUAUUUGAAAGGCUACUAACUAACCUCUGUCUACUAAAUUAGUAGUCACUUUUUUUCUAUUUCAAGACCAGCCUGUGCAGAUAAACCAAAUAUUUUGGGGAGGGGGAGAAAUAUACAAAAUUGCAUACCUUCAAACAACAAGAAAGUGUAAGACAAAGUACCUUUUGCUGAGAAUUUUCCUGAACAGUAGUAAAUGCAAACUUGUAGUGUAUUCAAGGUUUAAAAAGGCUUCUAAAGUUUGAAUUUUCCACUAAAAAUGUUAGAUUUGAUUUUACCUAAUGAAAAAUGUAUCAACCCUACGCAAAAAUGUCCCUUAAUUAUAAUCCACAUAAUUCACAUUUCCUGUUGCUGAAGGAUUAUUUUCCUACUGUAGCAAACUGGCUCAAAUCAAAGAUCCUACAUCUGUAGUACUUUUGGCAAAGUCUGUGGACAAAUGGGGAAUUUUAGAGUUUUCCUAAUAUAAGUGCCAUUACUAUGCCUGCUGGCAUGAUUACCACCAUCAGUAUACAGACCACUCUCUGGUGGCAAGAAAUCACAUUGGUGCUUGGGCCAAGGGUUGGAGACUUAGCCUACAGUGGUCGAAGUAGGCCUAGAGAGCCCCAAGCCUGAGUCUAGAUACUAUCGGCUCAGUAGCGUCGCAAACCAACCAUGAAGAAUUUGUGGGACGGGAAUGUACUGAAAAGUGUUGAGAGUAGGGAACUCACAAGGACUGCCCACAAGGACAAAAGAAGUGUCAAUUAAUUUUCAAACAUUACACACAAAUAUAUCUCCAAUCUCCCCCCUGCGAUUGCUUUUGGGUUUUAACACUCGUACACACAUCUGCCCAAACCACGGGUCAAGUGACCAUUGUUGUGCAUUAAGUCACAUUUGAUAAUGUCACUAAAUGGGAAGAUGAGAAGAAAAUGUCUGAAUCCCAAAUGGCACCCUAUUCCCUAUGUCGUGCACUACGUUUGACCAGAGCCCUAUGGACCCUUAUCAAGAGUAGUGCACUAAAUAUUUCCUGAUGACUCGUACUGAAUUGAAUUCCGCUGCUCUCUGAUGGAGAAGGAAUGUCAGUGGGCCGGAGCCUGCCAAAACUAAAUUGGGAAUAGAGUGCUAUUUAGUACAGGCUACUUAAAGAAAUGUAUUUGUAACAGCGGUUUAAUUAAACUACAAAGGUUUUUUUAAGUGAAGUUUUGUACAUUGAUAUUAUAUUCCAAUGGAGUCUUGUACAGAAGAAUUUAAGACCUGAGGUUUUUUAUUUAUUAAUUUUGUCCUUUUUUUCUUGUUUGCUUUGACUGACUACGACUUUGUAUUACAAUUGGACUCUGAUAUUGUUUUCCUGCUAAUGAGAAGCAUGCAUUGUAUUUAGGCAUGCCUGUUGAAUGCCUACAUUUGUAAAGAAAGGUUGCCUCUUUUGAAAGGGACUUUUUUCCUCUUAGUAGUUAAAGACAGAAUAUUUAAAGAAAUGCUUUGUACAUUUUUCAGCAAACAAACACUGUACAAAACACAUUGUAUAUUAAAAUAUGUUUAUUUUAA